CCCACAGCAACUAUUUAUACAACUGGAAAUCCAAACAAUGCUGUAGUACAAGGAACAUCAGCAACCCUUACAUGCAGUGCAAAUGGAUAUCCAGCUCCAGUAUAUACCCUAAAAAUUGGAAACUCAAUACUUUUCGAGAACUCUGUGACAGGAACAUAUGACAUCAGUAACGUACAGCUUAAUACUCACGAUGGCCAGGUGUAUUCUUGUGAGCCAAGCAAUGCAGAAGGAAAAGGACCAACACAAAGCCUUACUCUCACUGUACAUGGUAAGUUCUAGCUGGUACAGCUUUUAACCCUUAAUCCCCAGUAUCCACACAUCAAUUCUCCAGGCUGGCCUCCUUACAUUUCUCAGAUAUGAGAGCUUAAAAAGAAAAUCCAGUUUAAUUGUCUUUGCCUACAACUUUAUGAAUGGAUACUCUAAAAAGAAUAGAGAAAAUUAUCCGCGCGAGUGCUUUUGAUAAAAAGAAAAAGGCCUGGGUUAACAUUUAACCCCAGGUUAGCGCCCAGCGGCGUUCGAAGACUGGGCCCUGUUGAUUCUUUCACUUUUUCUCACAACUUUUCUUUUUAUAUUAUUGUAUUGAUGUUUUUAAGAAUGUGUCCAGGGUUCGAAUCCUGGCGUCGAAGCCAUUAUGUGUUUGAGCAUGUUAUUGGUUCUUUUCCUUGCUUCGAGAGGUUUUUCUCCGGGUGCUGCGGUUUUCCUCUAUCCUCAAAAACCAACAUUUCGAAAUUCUAAGUCGAUCUGAAACGCACGUAAGUGCUCUGUGGGUAAACAAAUUACAAUUACAAAUUACAAAUGCACGUGAAACUGCCCCUUUUUAUAACAAACGUUUUUCGAAAUCUUUAUUAUUAUUUGUAUAAAUCCGCAACAAGAUCUAUCAUCCAUGCAGAUUUCUGAACAUGGCGAGCAAAGGCUACAUUACACUGGAUAUGUAGGAUAAAUCUGCUUCCUCGAAACUGAAAAUAUCGAUUUUCACUUAUUGAAAGUUUGCCUAAGCUGCCAAACGGUUACAGAACACCCAGAACACUGCAGCGCAAGCACUGAUCAUCAGUGCGAAAUUCUGAACGGCUACGUGACUGUACAACAUCGUUUCUUUCAGAAAACAAUUGAAAAUUAUUGUGUUGAAACCUUGCUUCUCGGAACUCGAGACUUGUUCCUCCAGUCUCGAAACUCAAAGCGUAAUCGUGUCUCGAGGAUCAAAUGGAGACUGUCAACUUACGGCCUGUUUAUAAAGAGAGAGGGUUACCCUUGUGCUAGGGUUACCCUAACAAGUGCGGCGUAAGUAAGCCUGGCUUAAAAGCAAAUUUCACAGGUAGGGUUACCCUAUUACCCAGGUCCACUUUACCAGCUUUACUGACGUGUUUCGUCAUGCGUGACAUUCUUUGUAACGGUCCAAGAUUUGAAAUAAGACUUAAAGUUCUCUGUGAAAAAUACCUUUAAAAGUUCAGAAAUUGGAUAAUUCCGUCCAAAUUGUCAAGAUUACUGGGUCACGCAUGAUGGAGGAAAGUUGUCCCGGGUAGGAGAGUUAUCCUUAGCAGAGCGUUUACAAGGAAGCUACACUUUAGCGUAACCGUCUUGCUAGGGUAAUACUAGCACUCAGGUAGGGUUACCCUUAGGCUAGUGUUAGGGUAGCCCUACCUGUCUUGUAAACAUGUCGAGUAACUGAAAGAAAGAAAUGUGUGAGUGCUAGGGUAACCCAAGCACUCUGGUACGGUUACCCUAACACUCUAGUAGGGUUACCCUAGUGUUAGGGUAACCGUACCUGCCUUGUAAACAUGUCUUGUAAAAAAUGAAGAAAUGUGUGAGUGCCAGGGUAUAACCCUUUUGCUAGGGAAACCCUAGCAGCAGGGUUACCCUCCCUCGCUCCUUGUAAACAGGGUCUUACUUUUGAGCAGUACUAUAUAUAAUUUUUUAAACACAAAUAAUGAGGCUUUUCAAUUUUUUUUCCUAUUUUUUAUGCUGCCCUGUAUAGGCAGUUUUAGGGUGUUGUGUUGUGUAUGGACAAGUCAACUCCAACUGUACUACUUAUUCACCUCAUCUUAAUAAAAAUAAUAAUAAAUAACAAUAAUGGUAAAUGACUUUAUUUCGCCUGUUAAAAUACAUAACAAAUGUUACAGAGGCCAAGUCUACAAAUCAUGAAAAUCGCACAAAUUAUUUACAAUUAUCAUAUAAGACCUGAUAAAACAGUGAAUAUCUAUAUUGUUAAAUUGCUAAAUUGUAUUUAAACCUUAUUCUAUUAAAGUAAUAAUUCUUAAAACGUUCUGUUUUAAUCCGUGGUAAUUGACUUGACUCAGAGGUGAGCUAGAGCCACCCUGAAAUUCACGUCUGUGCCACACCAUAUAAGUGAUUUAUUUCUUCUUUCCCUAAGCAGAAGAUAGAGAUCACAGUUAUGAAUUUUUAUUGCUGGUUAGUGAUCUUCAGAACAGUUCACCACGUGCUUUUUGCAUUAUCUUUCACAGUUCGUCCAAGAUUUAAUCCUCCUCAGACACUGCCAACAACCAAACAGAUCAGGAACGACGAUCAAACUAUGGAGUACACUUGCACGGCUGAAGCCAAACCUUAUGCAAACAUUCGCUGGAUGUUAAAUGGACAGAAUCUGAACAACAUUGCACCUUACAACAUCACAGAAAGAAUUUCUGGCCCAACAGCCUCAAAACUCUUCAUUACCUUUGGAUAUCUGAACAUAAAACAUCUUACGUGGCAACAGUAUGGAAACUUCUCUUGUGUGGCCAUCAACGAUGCUGGCUCUGUAAAGCAAAACACGGAGCUUGAAGUCAGAUGUAAGUCAUAUAUACCAUAAACUGGUGCUUAUAAGCUGACUGAGCUACGCUAAAUGAUGAGCCCCCCCAUACAUCCGAUUAUAAUCCCACCAAAUAUAGUCCCCCUCAUAAUGUAUUGAGAUGAAUUUGGUUUAUUUUGACGUUUUGAUACGUAAAUAAACACUAGCAGUGAUUUUGUUACAAACAGUUGUGAGAGGUCCUGGGACUCAUCUUGUUAAAAAUCACGAGUCACAAUCCAGAACCGAUGAGCCCCAGUUAAAAAAACGAGUCCUCACUUGAAAAUGCCUGGGCUUUUAUCAAACCAGACUUUUAAUCUGAAGACAUUACCCAAAACUCCAUAUUACAGUUUACUGAAAUUAAAAUACAGUCCUUCUAUUUCCGAGCGUAGCGACCUUAUAAUCGUGUCGCGCGCGAAGCGCGCGCACAGUCUGCUUACCGCGCGGUCUUAGCAAUGGUCUUAGCCAGCUGCGAAAUUCGAGGCUUCAUAAAUAUGCUUGGUAUAUUGCCCUAGUUAAUGCAAGACGUAUUUCGAUCAACAAUGACAUAGCUUCUUUCGAAACGCUUUUUCUAUUCAGGGACUUAGCCAUCUUUUCGACUAGUUGUAGGCCUGGCUGACUCUCAUUUCCACAUAUCUUGAAAAUUGCACGCAUGACUAGUACGUACUGACCUCACUAACACUUCGUAAGCUUUUUAUCUUACCCCAACCAACUGAUGAAACCAAAAAUUUUUAGGCCCGGGCCCUUACUACUCCAGUUAUAUACCCUCUUGGAUAUAAAAUCCUUGGUUCAUGGGUUAUAAGCAAAAAAGUUUACUGUAUCAGAAAGUCCUAUAUCAGGGUUCGAAAGAAAGUACUGAAUUUCAGCUGUCACAUUUUGCAGUCUUAGUUAAUGGUUUAGUUACAAGACGUUUUGCCCGGAUCUUCGCUUUUUGGGAUUCAAGUGACUGCCUGGCCAGAAAAUCUACUCGCCCAGGAUGACCGGCCAGGGAUUUUUUCAUGCCGUGUUCUAUUAUUUUCUGUUAUGUGAAUUAGAGAAUGUUAGUGAUGAUAACAACUCUCGUUGAAAUCACAGCGUGAUUGGGAAAUUACUUGGCGGCCGAGAUAUCUGUUAUCUGGGUUAAAAAAGGGACUCAUAUUGAGGGAUUUUGAGAUCCGAACAGUCAUUGCAAUUGAAAACAAUAUUACAGUACUUUAAUUUUAAGAGUUCUCAAGGGAUGAAUUACGCUUUCGUGGCAAAACGCAGUAACAGAUGUUUUUGUUGGCUUCCAGCCGUCAAGGUGGUAGCCAUCCGGAUGGACACCAACAGGACACCAUACAAUACUCUGUAAAUUUUGGGUAAAACAUUUCUCCGAAUAUCUCGCAUAAUAUUAUGAAAAAUUGCACUUACCGGAAUCUUGGUGAGGAUCUUUGCAUAUUUACCUCCUUUCAUAUUCCAGACUCUGUACUUAGUCUAUUCAACGGUUUUGAUUCUUAUUUUUGAUGGCGGGUGACAGGGAAAACCAGCAAUACACCUCGCUCGCUGACCAAAAGAAGAUUUUGAUGUUCUUUUCAUUUUGUUAUUAGAUCGACCAGUUGUUCAGUCUCCUGCUGAUCAUCCUAAAAACCUCACCUUGGCAGAAGGAGAGACGGCAACUUUCAACUGUAAAACAAUCGGCAACCCAGCAACCACAGCUCACAAAUGGCAGUUUAAUGGAAAUGAUUUGCAAGGAGAAGCGUGCAAUAACUGCCCAACAACAACUUUGAAAAUAGGAUCAGUUAGACGACAGGAUGACGGAUGGUAUGGCUGUGUUGGAACUAAUUCAUUGGGGGAUGGGCCUCCUGCGAAAGCACAGUUGCUUAUUAAACGUGAGUCGCCAGUGGCUACCAUUUCUGAUUUCAACCCUUUAAGCCCCGAUAUUCGUAUACAAAUUCUCCAGAAUGAUCUCCAUACAUAUUUCCUUUAAGCAGGGCUUGUCAUUCUUGGAAAUUCAUGAAAUUAGGCCGGGAUAGUCAUAGAAUUUGAAUUGUCGGUCCGGAAAAGUCAUGAAAAAUUAAAGUUUGUUAUUUUUGGUUGACUACUUACGGGAGUUGUCAAAACAGAGAAGAUAGAGGCGAGUAAUGAAGCAGCACAAAUGGCCCCCUUUUGGGGACACCAGAGUUUGUCUAUUGAACUUAGAUAAGAAAAACUACCCUUAAUAAGGUUUGUGAACUAACUCAGCAAUGCUCAUACUGACAGUCUUGCUACAAUAAACCCUCAAAUUAUACGUUCAAGUGAAGUACACUUUUAUCUGCCUACAGCCUGGCUGUUAAUGUGCAUAAACAGAAAAAAACUUAUUUACUUUAUGUUUACUAGAGUAAUUUUCUAUUUGUGAACGUAAGAAUUGACUUUUAGUUCAAGAGUGAGAGUGUGCGGUCAACAUGACCGGCAGGAGAAGUUUUCGGCUGGUCAAGUCGCCGAUCUAGCCGGAAAUUGUCCGUUGAUCGGCCUUUAUCUAGGCCCUGCUUUAUCAUCCUUCUUUCAUAUUCUCAUUUGCACGUGCAUGCUUCAUUUUCGCAGAGAGUAAGGCAUGGUAUUUGAUUUCUUUGUAUAGGCAUACCAACAAUUGACCAUUUUCCUAAAAGCGUGUACACGGUCAAUGAAACCAACAACAUUACCAUGGUGUGCGGAGCUGAUGGCGUCCCCAGACCAACCAUUACGUGGAAGAAGAUGAGCCGUGGCAAGAUUGUAGCAGAAGGGGAAGAGUUUCAUAUCGUGGCCGUUUCUGAGACUGAUGAUGGUGUAUACAUUUGUUUUGCCCAAAAUGAGCUUGGAGUUGAUUCCAGAGAAGUCACACUCGACGUUCAAAGUAAGUGUUCAAUGGUCAGAUGAUUAGUGACUGGGGAAUGUUAUGUUACAAGGUAACCUGCGUAGAAAGCGUUUUGUAGCCUGCGUUGCAGACCUAAUUUAUCCCCCGUUACCGCCUGCGAAGCAACUCCGAAAUCCUUGUUCUGGGCCACCAACGGACUCAACGAAUUAUCGGAAAUGCGUUUCGAAUUUCCUUUAAACCUGAUUGGCAAACCGGAUUUUUAAACAGGCCAAUUAUGGCGCGUACUCAAAUCUUCGUACACAUGUAGGGGGUCCAGUAGAAGGAUUUCGGCGCUGUUUCGCAGACGUACUUAACCAGAGUUUUAUAGUUUUAUCUGUGGCGCAGGCUAACGUCUUGGCGCGAGCUUGUCGACAAAGUUAUUCUGAGAGAACAGCCGACAUUGUACUACUCCACCAGCGGCUUCCCCGCAAAAUGGCGUAUGAGGAACGAGCCCAGAAAUUCCAUUUUCAUCUGAUGACUUACAAUACCCUGAGAUCAGUAGUGCUUCUGCUUGGUUGAAAAUUUGUUUCAUGGAGGAGAGGGCUUGGCAUACGAAAGUCGCAGGUUCGAUUCUUCAUUCUUUUCAUUAGAAACAAUGUGAAACACAGGUCAACAUUCGUGAUAUUUUACUGAGUGUAAGCUGCUACCUCUAUUUGAAUUCUGCAAAUGAAGACAUCUUUAAUCCUCUCAGGUAAGGAUGAAAAAUAGUACAGUACUUACAGGCACAUCUAGUCAGAUGCUCUGAAGCAUAAGGGCUGCACACAAUUCUUUUUGGCUGUGACUCCCGCCCCAUGUUUCUUACUUCGUCUCCUGUUCAGUAGGUUAUGUCUGUGUAUGACUGUGGUGGGAGAGGGGGAAGAGGGAAACUCUUUUACGGGGGCGCAAUUGGCUGGCCGGACCAUGGCGGGACCAGUCAGUUUAGCAAUGGAUUAAGCUUUUUCAAAGAGUUUUUGCUGAAAAACCGACCCCUUUCGGCUGCAUUCGAGCAUGCUACUUAGUAUUUGACUGAUCUAGGUGGAUAGUUUUGAUUAAAAGUGAAUAUUCAUCACGACGAGAGUGGUCUGGCCAGUCAGUUCUGACAAAUGAAAAGAACCUUAGUGUAGGGUUAAACUCUUGAUCACCCUUCUGUGAAGAGCCCUAACGACUGCCUUAGAACAUAGUGUGACCUGCAUUUCCAAUAAAAAUUUGUUACAGUUCGCCCCACCAUUCUGACAUCUACUCCUAUAACUACAAAUAUCCCUGGCGCUGCUGGCGAACAGGUGGAUUUGACUUGCAUCGUCAAGGGCAAGCCAACACCGACUCUGUCCUGGAGACGAGAUCCACAGGGAAAUGAUCUCUCAGCUAUUGACGAGAAAGUUGAGAGCAUCACCAAUCAAGUCAAGGCUACUACGAUGAAGAUCAUUGUCACUACAGCAGGGAAAGAAGUCGGUGAUAAGUUCUACUGUGUUGCUACCAAUGUUCUUGGUAAUGACACACAGCAGUACAUUAUACGAGAGAGAGGUAGGUGCUAGUUUAGAUGUUAACGGUGAGAAAAAAAAAACAACCGUGAGACCCUUUUCGCUCCCCAAGGCAUCACAUAUCAAACAUCAAAUCGAAAGAACAACAACAACAAAAAAAAAAACAGUGAGUACCGUGGGAGAGUACUGCUGGGAAGGUUACUUGAUGGUAACACUGCAGGAUUUAAUCCACAGACCCAACAGAUGAGACCAACUUGUACAGCAUAACAAACAGCAGCACAGGAAAGUACCACACAGUAGCUUUCCUUUGAAUGGUCAGACUCAGUAGGUAGAGCCGCCUUGUGACAUCAUAAUAAACUGUAACACAGGAAAGUACUAUUCAGUAACUUUCAUUUGAAUGGUCACAUCACAGGAUUUCAUCCACAGACUGAACAGAUGAAACCGCCUUGUACAGCAGAAAAAACAGCACCACAGGAAAGUACCACCAAGUAGCUUGCGUUUGAAUGGUCACACCGUGGGUUUUUAUCCACAGACUUAGAACCACCUUGUACAGCAUAAAAGUGUAACAAAUAGUCAGAUCGAAACUACAAUCCACGGUCAUCACUUUCCGCUGCUUGUCGCAAGUCUUGCGAAGAGAGGUGGCUGUUUUCACCGAUUACCAGGUGGCUGCUCACAUUGCGCAGCAAGUUGUGCGAUGUAAACGACUCUUACUGAGGCUAACAUCACACGACUCCUGGAAGAAUUUUCGACCGACCGUAAAAUUUGACCAGACACCUCUUUUACACGGAACCGUUCAAUACUUUCGCUCUGUUCACACGGAACUGACGACGAACUACGUUGAAUAUUCCGUUUUUUCAGUGGUUUUACCAUCUGCUCAUGCGCUGCAGAGUGUUACUUAGAAAAUACGAAAUGCUGCCUCCCAGCUGAAAUACCACGGAUCCAUGCAACACGCUUUUUUAGGAAGGAAAUUUAGACUGUUACGGUGCUCACUCUACGCUGGUCAAAUUUUUGACCGUACCGGCGAAAAAGAUUACUUCGAUUUUGUAGUCAAAUUUUUGGGCGGCUAGGCGUCUAAAUUUUCGUUUAUUUGGGGUAAAUUCUGUUCUAAAGUCAUGAUUUAGUGCUUUCACCCAUAUACAAAAUGCUCUUGUGUGGAGUUAUAAAGAAGAUAUCAAACAAAUUUUAUAGGGGAACAAUAAACAUAAUAAUUUUUUUGUGAAAUUUUGCGGGCAUAGCUUUGGAACUUGAAAAAAAUGGCCUAACGUUUAAAAAUUUUAAGCCAUUUUCAUCCGUGCCAUCCGUCCAAACAGACGACAUGAAACAGUUUCAAUGCUUAAAUACAGUCUUAAAUAAAAAAAAACUGGACCUUUAUAUUUAAUUGGAAUUCAAUCAACGCGAAGACACGUUUUAGUGUUUUAGAAAGAUAGCAAAUGGCGUGAUGUCCCCGUGGGCCUUAUUCACACGGCAGCCAUUUUGUCCCGAGAGACUGAAAAAGCUUUGUUUUACCACCCUCGACCUCGAAGUUAAAAACUUGGGAGCGAGGCUAGACAGAUAAAACAAAGCUACUUUAGUCUCUUCGGACAAAAUGGCCUCCGUGUGACAAAGGCCCAUGAAGGUGGUUUCGUGUGAACGCAACACGUACGUGUGAACGUAACCUGAGUGGCAACCCAACAACACUGUUUUGCCAUUUGAUUCACAGGGCCUCCAAAUGCUCCUCAGGACGUGAAAGUGGUUCCGUUCAAAGUCCCCAGAUCGCAAACAGUGAGUGUGAACGUAAGCUGGACUCCUGGUUACAGUGGCGGCUAUGAUCAGCAAUUCUCAAUUCAUUAUCGUAAGAAAGGAAGCGGCAGCGAUUUUCAUGAAGAAUUCAUUGGUCUUCCCCCAAAUAAUAUGCAUACCGUUCAACAACUAAGCCCCAAGACAGAAUAUGAAUUUAUGAUGCAAGCGUCGAAUCAGCGGGGAAAUAGUCCAACUUCACCUUUGGCUCAAGUUACGACUCCA